AUGGCUCCCACUAUGGCAGCGUCCGCUUACACGGCCACUCCCAGGUCACCCUUCCCUCUGCAGCUCUCCCCCAGAGCCCUGAGGUCACCGAGGUCACCCAUGACCUUCAGUCAGUCCGAAGUCCUGUCCCCUCGGGCCAUGGCUAAACAGGAAAAGGACCUAUGCCUUCCGGCACAAGGCUCCAUCUAUAUUCACAAGCCUGACCAAGACUUUUGGAAUGUUCGUUGCGCCGAGACUCUCGAUGCUUUCAUGAAGGCUGCCGGCUCUUACACGCCGGCUCAGCGUGCCGCCCACCUCCAGCUUCUCUCGGAGAUCAUCAUCCCGUGCAUGGGUCCUCACCCGGCCACGGCCCCGACUAAACCCCUGCUCACCGCCGACGGCUCUCCAUUCGAGCCAUCGUGGAACAUCACCGACUCGGGCUCCUCUUCGAUUCGCUUCUCAUUCGAGCCCAUGGGUCGACAUGGCGGCUCAGCAUCAGACCCAUUUGCACAGAAGAUCAUUCCUGCAAUCCUUCCUGCUUUGCGUAUGGUAUCUCAUGGUGUGGACACUCGGUGGUUUGAGCAGUUCAUGUCCGCUCUAUUCCUGACCGAGGCGGAGUCAGAGACGGCUCUCUCCAGACUUCCAAAGGGAACUCGUGCGCCAACGUCGUUCCUUGCCUUUGACCUGGAUGGCGCCAAGGCUGUUUUCAAGGCAUACUUCUUCCCGGUCCUCAAACACAUCGCAACGGGUGCUUCGACCGAAGACAUUACGUUUGACGCGAUCCGCACCUUGUCACCCCGGGGCGCCGACCUUUCCCAGUCUGCCAACGCCACGGAGGAGUACUUCAAGAAUUGCCCAUUUGCCAUUCCGGUAGAGAUGAUCGCCCUGGAUUGCAUCGACCCUGCUGAAGGAGCCCGCGUCAAGGUAUAUGCUCGCACCCGGUCAAACGCCUUCAACGUCGUCCGUAAUGUGGUGACUCUCGGCGGGCAGAUCAAGGACGAGUCGACGCUGAAGGGCCUCGAGAUUCUUAAAGGCAUUUGGCAUCUACUUCACAACGAGGCAGAGCCUCACGACGAUGAUUGGAACAAGGAGCCAAAGAUGGUGAACACUCUCCACAAGGGCAUCUGCUACGGCUUCGAGCUCAAGCCUGGCGCGAAGUGGCCCGAGGUGAAGGCAUACGUGCCGCUUUGGCAAUACGCCGACAGCGACGCCGUCAUCUCAGCAAAUUUAGCCCAAGCCUUCCGUUCCAGGGGCUGGGCUGUCGCUGAGAAGUACCAAGAUGACAUGGCUCGUUGCUUCCCGCGUUCGGACCUGAGAAAGACCACAGGAACGCACUCGUACAUCUCAUUCGCCUACUCUGAGAAGAAGGGCGCCUACCUGACCAUUUACUACUCCAUCAGGCCCCAGGACUCAUUGCUGGCUUUUUGA